GGUUUCUCGGUGCGGGAGCAGUACCGCUGCCUGCGGGAGGACCUGGCGGCCAAGGUAGCCAGUGUCUAUGAGUCACCUGGCUUCUUCCUGGAGUUGGAUCCAAUCCCAGGAGCCAUUGAAGCUAUGCAGGAGAUGAUCCACAUGCAGGACACUGAAGUCUUCAUAUGCACAAGUCCUCUCCGGAAAUAUGAGCACUGCAUCGUGGAGAAGUAUCAGUGGGUAGAGAAACACUUGGGGCCUGAGUUCGUGGAGCGCAUCAUCCUCACCCGCGAUAAGACCGUGGUGGCUGCUGACUUGCUGUUCGAUGACAAGGACAACAUUCAAGGUGCAGAGCUGAACCCGAGCUGGGAGCACAUCCUGUUCAACUGCUGCCACAACAGGCACGUCCAGCUGCAGGCCCCGCGCCGGCGCCUGCUCUCCUGGGCAGAUGACUGGAAGGCCAUCCUGGACAGCAAGCGCAGGCAGUAG